AUGCUUCGCGAACUCUUGUAUGGGCUCACAGGCUUGAUUCUGCUUGCUUACGCCGCGGAUUUCGUUUACAAUGCUGGAGACGAACCUAAUGAGCCGAUCCGGAUACGUUCGAGGUUCCCACUUAUUGGACAUGUCCUGGGACUGAUGAGCCAGGGACCAACUUACUACAGAAAGACGAGCAAUUCCACCGAGGCCGAGAUUUACACGCUGGGGUGUUUCAACUUCAAGGUGUACAUCAGCGCUUCUAGCCGACUUCUCCCCUUCAUCCAGAAGCAGUCCAGGGCACUGUCUUUCCGGCCUUUCCUCCAACUCGUUGCACGAAAGUACGGCGAUGCCUCAGAUGCGGCCUAUGAAAUCUUUGGAGGCAGUUUGCCCGAUGAUUUGAGCCAGUCUGUGAAGAUGAGCUUGGCUCCUGGCCGUCAUCUUGACGAGCUAAGUCUUAGAAUGGGCAAAAGAGUCUUGGUCGACAUUGAUGACUUGCUCGCCUCCGAGGACAAAGUACCCUUGCUAUCUUGGGCUAGACAUGCUGUUGUUCAAGCAACAAGUUGCGCUGUCUAUGGAGAAAAGCACCCUUUUCUUGACCAGGAAAUCGAGAAUUCUUACUGGAAAUGGAUGACAUAUCUUACUGCGCAUCUGGUCGGCUGGCUGGAUGUGACAAAGAAGGGAUACGCGGCAAGAGAAAAGGUCUUCCAGUCAUACAUCAAGUACUGCAAGAAGCUCCCUCAGGAGAGCUCUCAUCUUAUGAAAGAGCACCAGCGUGUUCUGGCAGAGGCUGGCAUAUCUAGUACGGACAAGGCCAAGCAAGCCGCCAUCUUCACCAUUGCCUCCUUCAGCAACUCGGCACCGACUCUGUACUGGACCUUGUGGGAGCUCUUCUCCCGCCCUAAAAUUCUCGACGAGGUCAGAGAGGAACUCAAAACACGGGCGGUUGUUAAACCGGACAGUGGAGAAUUCGUACUGGAUGUCGCCUCACUCAAGUCUCAGUGUCCGCUCCUCCUUUCGGUAUUCCAAGAAACGCAGAGAACUCGCCACGUCAAUCCCAGCUUUCGCAAAGUCUUGACAGACACGCUUCUGGACGAAAAGUACCUUUUGAAAGAGGGCAAUUAUCUCCAGGUGCCCGGAAACGUCAUCCAUAGCGAAACAGGCAUCUGGGGUCCGACAGCUUUGCAAUUCGAUCCCUAUCGGUUCAUGCCUCAAAAAAGCGGCGAACGAGAUGUCUCUACAGCCAGUGGCUUUGUGCCGUGGGGAGCUGCGCCCUACCUCUGCCCAGCGAGACAGUUCGCCGCAACCGAAAUCCUCAUCAUAGCCGCGCUGCUUGCCAUGAGGGCCGAUUUAACACCUGCCAGUGGAGUCUGGGACAAGAAUCCAGCUUUGAACCAUGCAGACCUUGCUACUCUCUCACCUCCCACAAAGGAUGUUGAAAUGCGUGUAAGCGUUCGAGAAGAGUGGGCUGGCAACUGGACUGUGAAGAUGGGCGAGAGUCGAAGCCGUGUUCCUCUCGCCUCAGGGUAG